UCUUUACCCCUGUAUGGUUUGAUGGGAAUUUCACACCAAUCUUCGGCUAGGCUUCAGGAGUUAUCGAGGAUUGUCUCGUCCGCCAAAGCCCCUAAGCCCAACAAAGCUCUCCCCACGUCGCCGAAUCGAGUUGCGGGCCCGGCAGCUCUCAAAUCUCAGGCAUCGCAGCUGAAGAUGGAAAGCUCCGAGGGGAAGAAGAAUCGGAUUCCGCUUGCCCACGUGGUCGCCGAUUGCGCCAAGCGGUGGUUCCGGGACACUCUCAAGGAAGCUCAGGCCGGCGACAGCAGUAUGCAGCUCCUGGUCGGCCAAAUGUACUACUCUGGCUAUGGUGUUCCCAGAGACCCUCGAAAGGGACAUGCUUGGAUUAGCAAAGCAUCAAGGACUCGAAGUUCAGUAUGGAAAGCUAGCGAAAAGCAUCCAGGUUAUAGAGCAAGUGACUCUGAUUCGAAUGAAAUGGAGAACAAAGAUAGAUGAAGUUGUCUUCCAUCACAGUUUGUAAUGACCUGUUGGGCGUUAUUUUCGCGUGCUGCCAUGUUGUAUGAUAUCCGGCGUGAUUUGUAAUUUUUCUCUUGAAUUCUCUGUCGUACAAUUUUCUGUAUUUUUACUCCGACUCUCCUAUAUUGUCA